AUGAACAAGCUGCAAGGUCAGCCCGAUAGCUACGAUAAAAAGUCACAGUACCGCUUUGGAAAGACGUUGGGGGCAGGAACAUACGGUAUCGUGCGAGAAGCAGAAUGCAAUGGGGGAAAGUGCGCUGUCAAGAUCAUCCUCAAAAAGAGUGUUAAGGGCAACGAGCAAAUGGUAUACGACGAGUUGAAAAUGCUACAAAAGCUCAGUCAUCCUCAUAUUGUCAAGUUUCAGGAUUGGUUUGAGUCAAGAGACAAGUUCUACAUUGUGACUCAAUUGGCUACCGGAGGUGAACUAUUCGAUCGAAUUUGCGAUAAGGGAAAAUUCACCGAAAAGGACGCCUCUCAGACAAUCCGACAGGUUCUCGAGGCUGUCGACUAUCUUCACGCGAGAAAUAUUGUCCACCGAGAUCUCAAGCCAGAAAACCUUUUGUAUCUCACCAGAGAUCCUGAAUCACAAUUGGUGCUUGCCGACUUUGGCAUCGCCAAAACCCUCGAUAGCCCCGGUGCAGUCCUGACUUCAAUGGCUGGUUCAUUCGGUUAUGCUGCUCCCGAAGUCAUGCUGAAACAAGGCCAUGGCAAAGCUGUCGACAUGUGGUCCCUGGGAGUCAUCACAUACACUCUUCUCUGCGGUUACUCACCUUUCCGAUCCGAGAACCUGGCCGAUCUCGUGGACGAGUGCAGGAGCGGCCGCAUCAUAUUCCAUGAAAGAUACUGGAAGGACGUCAGCAAAGACGCGAAAGAUUUCAUCAUGUCUCUACUUCAGCCCGAUCCAAAACGACGAGCCACCAGCCAGGAAGCACUAACACACAUCUGGCUUACUGGAGAAACUGCUUCUACACACGAUCUUCUGCCGGAGAUCAGAGGAUAUCUCGCCAAGAUGAAGCUGAAGCGAGGAAUCGAGCUUGUCAAGCUCGCAAACCGGAUCGAUGCUCUAAAGGUGCAAGAGGAGGAAGAACCCAACUCCCCCGAUGCAAAUGACAUACCAGCAAAUGCGCAGAACGCUGCUGGAUUGGCUGUAAAGAACCAGACGAGGGGGAUCUCUCCUGGGCGGGGUUUGGCCACGAACGAGGCCCACGAGAAGAGACAUCUAAGCACGGCGGCAAAGAGUGCCAUAUUCCGAGAAGUUGUCCUAGCCAAAGUCAGGGAGAUGAAAGACAAGGAGAAAACAGACAAAUUGGUUGCUGAGGUCACCAAGGAGCAUGAACGUAGGAAGAGCUUCACUGGCCAAAAAUGA